UUAAAACAUUCACGUUGUGUCAGGAGGGUGCGUGUGUCAUGCAGUUCCUGCAGCAGCGCAAACAUGACUGGUUCCACCAGGGCAGCGAUCAGCAAGAAGCCCACCCCUCACCCUGCGGGCACAGCAGCACUCAGCAGCACCAGGCCCCACUCCCCCUAAUUGUGUUUCUGCUGCAGGGACAGGCCCUGAGCACUGGCAUUCUCUGCUUCCAGUGCCCUUGCUGCAGAAACAAGGAACAUUUCUGCUGAGACACACUCAACAUGGGGAUGUGAACCCCACUUGGGUUGGUGUCCUUCUGCUGGCUCUUGAAAUGUGAGGGCGCAAGAGCUGUGCCCGCCCAGGGACUGCUCUGGCAGGCCUGGCCCCUUGCUGUCCAUCAGCAUUGGGCCGCUACGGAAGAGCAAGGCUGUCCUAGGGUGGAUCCAGGGCUGCAGCCUUGCCCAAAGGACAGCUCCACUCCUGCCUCUGGCACGGGGAGCACUGCCAGCAGGUGGAGGGAAGCAAUCCUUCCCCCUGCAGCAUGGCCAGCACCCAGCUCCUCAGUCUGCGCAGAGCCAACGCCUUCCUGCUUGGGUGCCAAGGGCCCUCAUCUUCACUCCCUGGGCAGUGGCGACUCAGUCACAGUGGGUGGCAGGGAGCGGCCACUGUGACCCAUGGGGCUGCAAGCAGAACAAAGGCUGCCAAGCUCAGGCCCUGCAUCAGUGCGACCUGGUGAGGUGCGGAGAGGGCAGGGAGGAAGGGGCUGCCUGAGGCUGACAGCAGAAGGAGGGCUCCCACCCCUUGGGACUCUGAGCUGUGAACUCACCCUUGUCCUACUUCUCCCUCAGAGUUGGCAGAGGAGUGUGCAGAGGAGAAAGCUCAGCGCUGCCGGAGCAGGAACUCUGCAAGUGCUCGCUGUUGACGUGCACCAUGUGCUCAAGGAGGUGGGAGGCUCCCAGCUGGAGGGAGCCAGUAUGCAUGCUGUGCGGCCAGACAGAUGCGGAUCCAGACAUCUGUGGACCCAAGCAUGUGGACUUUGGGAUGUGUGCCCAUGCAUUUUGUAUGGCAUUUUCCCCGGGCCUUUUUCAGCAAGCAAGAAUAGUGAAUAGAACUGCAGAGGUGUGCCCUGAAGACGUCAGACGCAUAAUCCAGGAGGCAGAGCAGAAGCACUGCUUCAUUUGUGGUGAAGUGGGGGCCACUAUCACCUGUGCAGAGACGGGCUGUGAAUAUGGUUUCCAUCUGCCCUGCACCCAGGAGGGUGAAUGUGUCACCCAGUACUAUGGAGAGUACAGUUCAUUCUGCCAGAAGCACAGCCCUAAGCAGGCAGUGGAGGCAGCUCCAGUGCAGAAUACCAACUGCAUCAUCUGCAUGGAGCCUGUGGGGGACAAGAAGUCCUACCACACCCUGGUGUGCCCAGCCUGCAAACAUGCCUGGUUCCACCGGGCCUGCAUCCAGGGACAGGCCAUCCGAGCAGGCAUUGACUGCUUUCAGUGCCCCCUCUGCAGAGAUACAGAUGUCUUUCUAUCCGACAUGCUCAUUAUGGGGAUCCGAAUCCCACUCAGUGGACCAACAUGGGAGGACGGCAAUGCAUACGCUUCGCUGGGAGAGAGGCACAGGCGCUGCGAUGCCAGCGAGUGCCUUUACUCACAAGGCAGGGAGCAGGCAGAGGAAGAGGGGCCCUGGGAGCUGCUCCUGUGCAGCUCCUGUGCUGCAGAAGGCACUCACCGGCACUGCUCCUACUUGAGCAACAACACAGACACUUGGGAGUGCAAAGCCUGUGCUGGCAUGGGUGCUGCCUCCAGUGUCAACUCAGAGCUCGCCGGCCCCAGCACCACCAGGCACAAUGGACUGGUGCCAUCCCACAGCUCCACAGUGCCUGAGAGCAACAGCUCCAGCACCACCAGCCAGGCAGCAUCAGGGCCUGUUUACAGUUCCCAGGUGCCUGAGAGCGGCAGCCAGUCCAGUUAGCCUGGGACAGGCCGAAGGAGUGAAGAUACCUAUCAUCUCCGAGGUUGCCGUGGGAGCAGCCAUGCUGUGGCUCCAUGGGGUGCUGCUGAGAGAUGCACCCCAACAUCUGCCAGUCAGGGAGCAUCAAGGUCCUCAAGGGCUUCCCUGGCAGUUGGCAGCCGCGGGUCCAGACUGGGAGAGCGGACUCGGAUACGAAGCCGCUCCCCAAGACAGUCUCAGGCCCCAGGUUCCCACAGCCAUCCCCGAAGGCGCUGUGGGAGGAGCCAUGCACCAGCUCUGAGAGCUGAGAGUGGCUCCCAACGCUACACUAGAAGGGGAGCACUGGGGUCUUCAAGGGAUUCCCCACCGGCUGAUGGAAGAAGCCGGCCCAGGCAGUGAGUGCAGGUCCAGAUGUGAAGCCACUGCUCUGUGGAACAUCGGCCUGUAGAAUCCCAGAGCCAGCCCUAAAGACACCACAGGAGCCAGUCCAGGUGCAAAGCCGCUCCUGGGUACAUCAGGCUCAAAAUCCCCACAGCUGACCCCAAGGAUGCCGCAGGAGUAGCCGUAUGCGAGCACCACGUGCUGGCUCUGGUCCUCAGAGGCCAGCACAAUAAAACUUGGAGAUCCCAUAGACAUUGGUCAGUUUCACUCUUCUCUGCCUUUCCCAAGGUGGGCUGUGUUAGUGGCUGGAACCACGGGGUUGUCUUCUCCCUAGCACGUAUCCCCCCCAUACCUUCCUUCCUGUGGCUGGGUCUAGGCAGAGCUGGGUUCCGGCCCUGACUUCAUUAGGGCUCAACAUCACCAAUCCCCACAGGCCAAGGCUGUGCUAGCAGGGGCAGCCCUGUCCUGGGGGUGCUUCUGGCCUUGGGGCUGUCACUGCGUUCAGGGCCAGGGCCUGCCUGGGCUUUCCUCCUGCAUUUCUGCAGUGCCGGCAGGUCUGA